GUCUAUAGACAUGUGAUACUGGGGCAUGUGUGCACACCACCUAAUGACCUAUGCUCAAAACGCUUCCUGUGCAAGCAGCUUGAUUCAGGAGAUCAAGACAGACAUAAUCCGGGAGAGAAUUGUGAGGAACAGCGGAAUCAUGGGGAGGUUGUUGUUCUUCUUCCUCGGUGCGAUGCUUGUGUUGCUGCCAGCACCAACAGACAGCCACUGCACCAAGGAAAGAUGCUCCGUGGAGAGUAAGCUCCAGACGUGUCUGUGCUCAGAGACUCACUAUGACGUCAGGCACUUGCAGAAGUCUGUCUGGGUCUCCACCACAGUCUGGGACCUGUCUCUGGUGAGCGGCAAGGUGCGGGCCAAGAGGAGGUUAGCCAAGUACCUGAAAGGACACAACAGUAAAGGAUUGAAGAUAUCCCAGCAGCUCCCGCAGGUGACGCAGAGUUACGUGCCUGCUGACCUGAGGGAAGUUACCGUCUCGUACCCCCUUCCCGAGGAGCUGUGGAACAAUCCGCCCAUGCCGAAGGACCCCCAGGUGGUGCUUGACGUGAUACCGGAGACUAUCCUGUACGUGCGCCCUUUCCCGGACCGCUUCCAGGGCUUCGUGGCUGACCGGGAAGCGAAAAGUUUCUUCAAGACACUGACCGAUCAUGGAGAACCAAUCAUCUCAGAGGAUGACUACUACUUCAUAUUCCAGUAUGGCAGUGACAGCUCUGGGACGGUGAAGAACGAAAUCGCCAUCUUUGCCACCAACACCAUCCUGGAGGAGUACUACCGGGGCAUGGAUGACUACAAGCUUCACCUGCCGAGGUACCUGAGGGACCAGAAGAUGAAGUGGUCACCAGGGGGCGCCUCUAUCAACGUGGAUCUCGUGAGGCAGGAAUGCGGAACAACGUUUUGCACUGAUCCCGAAUGUCCAAAGUACACGGUGGAGAAGACUUCAGAUGGAGCCGAGACUCGCAGAUACUGGAUCGGUGGGACUGUACUGUUCCAGAGAGCGCCGACAUGCCAUGUGGAACGCACUCAUCAGCUGACACAACCCGCUAUCUACCAAGUCUUGAAAGAGAAUGGUCUGACUGAGGGUAGAAACUUUUCCCGCCUCGGCAAAAUGGCCACGCAGGUUGCCCAGAGGGAACCUUGGCGGAACGGGUGCAGUCGUUUCUACUACUCUGUGUAUGUACUGCGGGAGGCUGAAGCUGCACAGAUAAACACAGGAACGUUCAACAUACAAACGGGCGGACGUACGAAGGGAGAGAUUACGAAAAUUAGUGGUCCUUUUAGCAAUUACACCGUAGACGUCAUGUGCUUUGGAGGGCACGGAGAAGCAGACCACGCCUUCGCUGCGGGCCGUCGUCUGAGUGAACUUGUGGCGGGAAAACCAACCUGCAGAGACGCCAUCUUGCUUCCCGAGUACAACGUGCAGUCCAGGCUGUUCGACAGACACAACGAGGUUUGGAUAACGCCGCCGCGUUUUUAUACUGGUGUGAAUCAGUGCUACAACACAUCAAACUAUGACGAAGAAUAUACGCUCAACUUUGACCUUCCAGAAGACUGGUUCAACAUGCCACGGAUGGACCCAACUCAAUUCCGCUGUUUUGGCACAACCAACUCCAAGUGUCCUCAGUACGAGCUGGUCAAGAAAUAUGAUCAUUUCUGGGAAUUCAAGCUUCUUAACAGCAGGUGGGUGUGUACCGAAGUCCGGUCCUGUGGACUCCGUGAGGCACAGAAGAAGGCCCUGAGCAGGCUGCUGUCUUACAUCAACGGGAAGAACGACGCCACUGUUACCAUGGAGACCACCCUCCCUAUCCUGACCAUUCAAAGGAUGCGGGACUUCACAACAGCGUCCUGUGAGAAACUGGUGAAGCAGUGCUUCUAUCUACCUGCUGAGCACCACGAAAACCCGCCUAAACCACUGGAUUCUAAGGUGUACAUAUCAGCCGCUGUGGAUCAGCUGGAGUACUACUCCACACGGUAUGACGUGCCCCGGGGAGAGUCCUACCAGCGGGCUGUAGGCGACCUUCUGCAGAACCUGUUCACUGAGAUGGGAGAUCUUACUGAUGGGUUCCCGAUAACUUAUCAUCAGGAUGUGGUGCUUGAAAGCUACUUCCACGACGAAGGAAAAUACAUCGAAAUCUUGAAGAAGGUGUCUCCAGAGCUGACAACAUUCCAGACUGAAGAGGAGACGGAUUUAGUUGACAGCGACAGUCAUCCUAACUGCCUGACUGACUCGUGUCUCCAUCAUAAGAUUGUUAUAGACCACAACGGCUUUUUCCAAGUCAAGUUUCCUCCUGCAAAAUGGGCGUGCAUCAAAGCCCCCGACUGCAAUCGUAGAGAAGGACGCAUUGCUCUCCACAAAUUGGUUCGCUACUUCGAUGGCUACAACGCUGAGGAAGUGAAGAUUGCAGAGCCUCCAGAACCAUUAGUCCUUCAGUGUCUUAAGAAGAGAGAGUACUGUAGUGAUCCGUCUUGUGAGGAAAAGGGAUUGAUGUGUCAUCCACUUCCACCUGACUACACGGACAAGGAUGCCCCUGUGCCAAUCAGUGAACAGGUGAGCUUACAUUGA